AUGUCUGCCGUCGUGCUUCUCGUCCUUGGCGCGGCCGUCUGGGCCAAUGCCGCCUCCAACACGACUACUGCAGACAACUCGACCUCGUGCGACACUGUCCUGCGCGGCUACCAGUGCUCCCCCGAAAUCUCUCACUUCUGGGGCCAGUACUCGCCUUACUUCGAGGUCCCGUCUGAGAUUUCGGCCGACAUUCCCGACCAGUGCAAGGUCACCUUCGCCCAGGUCUUGUCUCGUCAUGGCGCCCGCGACCCCACUGCCAGCAAGACCAAGGCGUACAAUGCCACCAUCCAGAAGAUCCAGGCGAACUCGUAUUCCUUCGAGGGCAAUGCUGCCUUCUUGCAGAACGUCGAGUAUACUCUCGGUGCUGACGAGCUCACCACAUUUGGCGAGCAGGAGCUGUACCACUCUGGAAUCAAGUUCUACAAGAGAUACGCUUCUCUUGCCCGCUCCCAGCACAUGUUCGUCCGCGCUUCUGGCGAAUCUCGUGUCAUCGCCAGUGGCCAGUUCUUUACCGACGGUUUCCACCAGGCCAUGGUUGACGACAAGUCGAAUCUCACUGGAGACUAUCCCUACGACAUGCUCAUCAUCAGCGAGGACGAAACUGCCAACAACACCAUGAGCCACGCCAUCUGCACCAACUUCGAGAAUGAGGACGACGACAUCAUCGACGCCCGUGGCCAGGCCCCGUGGAAUGAGAUCUGGCUGCCUCCGAUCGCCAACCGCAUCAACGACCAACUGCCGGGCGCCAACCUCUCCCAAGCCGAAGUCACCUAUCUUAUGGACCUGUGUCCCUUCUACACCGUUGCUGACCCCGAGGGAAAGCUCUCCGACUUCUGCGAGCUGUUCUUCGAGGACGAGUGGAAGCAGUAUGACUACUACCAGAACCUGGGCAAGUAUUACCACUACGGUGCUGGUGAUCCUCUUGGCCCUACCCAGGGUGUUGGAUACGUCAACGAGCUCAUUGCGCGUCUGACCAACACUCCCGUUGAGGACCACACCUCUACGAACAGCACCCUGGACUCAGACCCUGCGACUUUCCCAAUCGGCCCGGGCCACGUUCUGUUCGCUGACUUCUCUCACGACAACGACAUGACGGCCAUCUUCUUCGCUCUUGGUCUUUACAACGACACGGAGCCUCUCAACAACACUCAGGUGCAGACUGCCGAGGAGAGCGGCGGCUGGAGCACUUCGUGGACGGUGCCAUUUGCCGCUAGGUUGUACGUCGAGAAGCUUUCCUGCAGCGGUGAGACGGACGAGUACGUGAGAUUCCUCGUCAACGAUCGGGUCAUUCCGCUCAGUUGCGCCGAUUCCGACGGUAAAUGCAAGCUAGACGCAUUUAUCGACACUUUGGAUUUCGCCAAGUCAGGCGGAAACUGGUCCGCCUGCUUUGACUAG